AUGCAGCGUGUCUUUCGGACGGUGCGCGCCAAGUACCAGCGAGUCGUGCUCGAGGCCGACUUUGCAGUUGGCUUGCCGGUGGAGGAGGGGCCGUCAGGGCGGCCGCGGUUUCUCCGCGUGGACGAGUUGGGCAUGGAGGAGAUGAAGGCGUACAUGGACACGAUCUACUACCUUUUGGUGGGGACCGAGGCAGUGAGCGAGAAAGACGACAACGAAGUGUUGACGGCGCUGUUCAUGGUCAUGACGUAUGCGGCCGGAGACACGGUGCCCGGCCUUGAGGAGUUUGUUGAGAGUGACGACGAGUUUGCGGGUGCUACGCGAGGUGAACGGUGA